AUGGAACUGGCGGAGCUUCUGAAAUCAGAAGGCCUCUCUCCCGAGCUGGCCGAUCUCGCUGUUGCAAGCGGUUGGAAGUCAUCUACUUUCAAGCAUGCUGUCAGUAAACUGGAAGAAUUAGACUCUGUAUUGGGCGAAAUUUUCCCGGAAAAGGUGCUGACAGCUCUUCAGAAAGCGACAAUUCGUUCUGUCUGGAGUACUUUGCAGGAAUCUGGGGCCUCCGGCUCAGCAGAAUCUCCAACCCCUGCCGCAACAGAACCUCGUGAAGGCUCAUGGGUGGAAUCUUUUGCCCCAAAGAUAUCAUCCUCUUCGAUUUCCGAGAUGAAACGUAAGUAUCUGGUGAACUACCCGUCCGAGAUCCUCAACUAUUCCACCCAGCCGUCAACAAGGUUGCUAAGCCUCGCAUCCCACCAGCAGAACAAGAAGGAUUGGCGCUGGAUCCCCUGGAAGUUCAGGAUGACGGAAGAGCGAGCAUCAGAGAUUCUGAUGUCUCGCCCCAACAAGCAACCACGGCUUGAGGCCAUCGGGCUUUCUGGUAUGUUGCUUGACGAACCUCCUGCACUUGAAAUCCAGGACCACUCUAUGGGGGUGAAUGCUAUUCAGAAGCUUAUGAAUGUUCAUGACGUAUCCUUGGCAAUGGUUGGAACGGCCCAUCUCGCCAGGUUGAAGGGCCAUACGACAAAGUUCAUUUCACUGCUGACUCAAAAAUUCGACGCAUCAUCGGGCUUACGGCCACCAUCAGUACUUGAGGCACAACAGGCUGAUUGCCGCUUGUGGCAGGGCAUGAUCACCUUGGUCACCGACAAAGGCUGGACUAUGGAUGAUGCACUCUAUGAAUUUACAGAGGUCAGGGGCGAGAUGCCCAGUCUUCUUCAAGCUCGAGCGCGUCCUCCUCCCAUUCCCAAAGGCUGGGACGGGAAAGGCAAAACCAACAAGGGUCUAGGGAAGAUGCUCGUGGAAUCCUAUGCCAAGGGUUACGCAUCCCAAGCGGCUAUGAAAGGCAAGGGAAAGGACAAAAGCAAGUCCAAAGAGGCUAAAGGCGGCUCCAAUAUCAACUUUGUGAAGUCCAUUAUGGCGGGGUCCGAGUCCAAACCACUGUGUGUGAAUUGGCAACUGAGUCGUUGCAAUCGUGGAAACGCGUGUCCAUUCAUACACGCCUGUGCCUUCCCGAAACCCAAUGGGCAAGCUUGUGGAAGCAAGACGCAUACCGCACUGCAGCACGAGAGCACUCCACACUGA